UAGUCUUUCUGCAAGUGCCAUUCAUGUCGUCGGACUCGUCGACGUAUCGUGAUCCUGAGGUCGGCUUCCUCGUGUCAGAAUUUCAUAAGAAUAUGAUGGUAACGUGUUGUUGCUGUAUUUAAUAACUUAAACACACCGCGUUUCGUCAUGAAGUGUCACUACGAAGUGUUGGGAGUCGAAAGGAACGUUUCGCCAGACGAACUGAAGCUGUGUUACCGCAAGCAAGCUUUGCUCUGGCAUCCAGACAAAAAUCCCGACAACUUACAAGAGGCGACGGAGCAGUUCAAACUAAUUCAGCAGGCCUACGAUGUACUCAGCGAUCCACAAGAAAGAGCGUGGUACGACAAACAUCGCGAAGCCAUCCUCAAGGGAGGAUUGGGCGACGACUACAGGGACGAUAGCCUGGACGUCUACAGCUAUUUUAAUUCGUCCUGUUUCAGCGGGUAUAACGACGACGAAAAGGGCUUCUACACCGUGUACGGAGACGUUUUCCAGAGGAUUGCAGCGGAAGACGAGCCGUUUCAGGACGAUCCUGUGAACGUCCCGGUCUUUGGGACCUCCCAGAGCUCCUACGACGACGUGGUUCACCUCUUCUACGCACACUGGCAGAGCUACUGCACUGCCAAGAACUUUGCGUGGCUGGACGCGCACGACGUGCGGCACGCACCCAAUCGGCGGGUCGCACGUCUCAUGGAGAGAGAAAACCGAAAGCUGCGAGAGCAGGCCAGGAAGCAGCGCAACGAAGAAAUACGGCAACUGGUACAGUUUGUGAGGAAGCGGGACAAACGUGUGCAGCAAAAAAGAAAAGAGCUGGAGGAAAAAGCGGCGGAGAGUGCUCGCAAGGCCGAAGCAAAGCGUGUGCAGAAAAUUCUCGAGCAGAGAAAGGCAUUGGAGGGAUACGAGGAGUCUGAGUGGUGUUCCAUGUCGCAGCUGGAGCAAGACCUACAGAACAUCGAAGCUCACCUGGACACGCAAUUCGGCGAAGGCAGCGCCGACAGCCAAGCAUGCCAGCAGGCGGACGGUGCCGAUGCCGAAAGCAGCGAGUCCGAGGACGACGAGCUUUAUUGCGUUGCCUGUGACAAGUGCUUCAAGUCGGAUAAAGCGUUCGAGAACCACGAGAAGUCCAAGAAGCACCGCGAAAACGUGCAGUUCCUCAAGGAGGCCAUGGAGGAGGAGGAGGCCCAGCUCUCCAGGCAGGAGGAGAACAACGCAGAGCCCGCCGUGGACGCCAACGUCAAGAAAAAAAACCAAAAGGGCGCUAAGAAAUAAAUUCAGUUGCAAAGAUUGA